AUGAGUUUUGUCAACAACUCACGCAUGUCCGUCUACUCGACUGCCUCCACAUCAGCACCGCGUCCUGGCAAUCCGCCUUCCCAGACAUCGACCACUACCCUGCUCAACACCCUCAACUCGGCCUACAAGCAUGGCCAGGCCUACAACCUCGAGGCCAGCACCAGUCUCGUUGUCAACACCUGGGUCAACUCCAAGACCAUUGUCAAUGAUCGCAUCGGCGGAACCGUCGAUCUCGAGUUGGGACGAAAGGCUUGGGAGCACGCCCGCCGACGAGCCGAGGACGGCUGCAUAGUUUUGGCGUAA